CUUUACUAAAGCUCAAAACCUCACACAUUAAUAGUGGGAGACUUAAACACCCUACUCUCACCAGGUCAUUGAAACAGAAACUAAACAGAGACACAGUGAAACUAACAGAAGUUAUAAACCAAAUGGAUUUAAGAUAUCUACAGAACAUUUCACCCCCAAACAAGAAAAUAAACCUCAGCACCUCAUGGAACCUUCUUCAAAACUGACCAUAUAAUCAGUCACAAAAUAAGCCUCAGCAGAUACAAGAAGAUUGAAAUAAUCCCAUACAUUCUAUCAGAUCACCAUGGACUAAAACAAAAACAACAGAAAGCCUACAUAUUCAUGGAAACUGAACAACUAUCUGUUCAAUGAUAACUGUGGGGAACCAUCCCGUGCUAUUCGGACUUAUGCUUAUUCACAGCCCUAAGGUGUCAGCUGCCGAGAAGGAAGAACAAUUAACUAGAGCCUUCUCCUUGAGCUAUCAGUAGGAGAAGAUUCUGGGAAUACCAUAAGAUGUUCUGGCCCUAACCACGGAAUGUUAACUCAGGGUGUCCCCACCGGAUGACCGCCUCACUUCCUGCUUCGAUCACUAGGGGUGUCUCCGCCCUUCCUUCCUUUGUUCUAGUGUGAAGGUCAAUUCCUUCUCUGUAAGCCUUAAAACUAGUUUACCUCCCCAACAUUAAAUGAGACCUAGACACAACCCAGACUGACUCUGACUUUGUUAGUGUGCUUGGGCUCCUUUCUCUCUUCCCCAUAUUUUUGACCCUCGGGUAGUGCCUCUUCAGGACCCUGGAAUAACUGGACCUGCUGGACGGGUCAAGUGGCGCCUGAACAGGGACCCAAAGCAUGGACAACGGAAGAACCCCGGGACGAGGAUUCAAGGACUCCGCGGACCACAUCGCUCGUGCAUCGCUGGAGGACCAGAAUGAUCCCGAGACGCCUCCUCCUCCUGCUCAUGGUGAUCCUCGGAAGGAUGAGAGUCCCAGUGGUGUGAAUGAACACAGCAUAACUUGUCCUGGACCAAAAAUUAAAAAUACUGGAGAGGAUGUUAUUCUUCAAGUCAGUCUGAACAAUGGCAUCUCCUUCAUUGGGAACAAAGUCAUUAUAACCAGUACCAACUGCAUGAGUACUAGGGGAUCCCAAGGCAGCAGGGUGUUCAACUGGUCCUGGCUGAUGUUCCUGCCAAUCGUGCUGGCGACUCUGCUCUUGCUGUGCUGCACUUGGAAGUUUUGCCUAAAGCCUAAGGAUCAGUCGCAGCCACCUCCCCCACAGUCAGAGAAGGAUCCAGAAAAACAGAGCCCUCCUCCUGAAUCGCCACCUGGUCCUCCUGAUCCUGGUCCUGCUCCUUCUCCUGGUCCUGUGCCUGGUCCUGCUCCUGCUCCUGCUCCUUCUCCUGCUCCUGCUCCUGCUUGUCCUCCUGCUCUUACUUCUGCUUCUCCUCCUGCUCCUGCUGCUUCUCCUGCCCCUGCUUCUUCUCCAGCCCCAUUACCUGUCAACACAAACCCUACUGUGAUCGUUACCUGCUGUGGCUGUGGGAAGAGAGACAUGCAGGGAGAACUGGACACAAACUACUAUCACCCGAACUGCCACCAAAUGCCAUUGGUUUGGUGCCAUCCCAAGACGCAGGCACUAAGAGGCCUAGUCUGAUCAUUGCUGUCAUUUGCGGGGAAAUGACACCAGAAGUACUGAAGGAAUCUAAGGAUGAGAAAAUCAACCAGUGCUCUUAAGAGGAUAUGGCUUUCACAAUGCAAAGAAUCUCAACGAAGUUAUUUGUAGAUUCAAGUUCAGUGACUCCACGAUCGUCAAUAAAAUUCCAACUGAUAAGAACUCCACUGUCAUGUUUUGUCCUGCACCAAAGAUAGAGCAGCCUGGACUAACCAUCUUAGUUGAAGUUAGCCUGAACGGAAGAGACUUCCUUGCCCACACCAUCCCUGUGAAUACUUCUGACUGUAUACCAGUGACCACCACUCCUGCCCCUGAAACCUCUACCCUGCCAACAAUUCUGACAGCUUCACCAAAAAGCCCUAUCCCCAAAACUACUGUCCCCCAUAUUAUACUCCCCCCUCUUCUACCUCCACCCCUGCCUCUGCCUUCACCAGCCAUUGUGCGUCCGCCAGCUGAGCCAA